CAUAUCGUAGGACUGUGACCCUAGAGGCUCCCUCUUGGAGCGACUCAAUCCACUGGAAACAGCACAGCACAUUCGUCGAACUUCCUCGCGUCCUUGACUUGACCUUUCACUAUGCAGCCUACAGAGCAGAGCCGCCAGCAGCUGCGGUGUGCGCUCAGAGACCUCGGCGCGAGGGCGGAGAAGUUCAACGAGGAAGAUCUCAACAUCCUCUUGCGCGAGCGAUACCAAACGCUGGAAGAUUUGCGAGAAGCGCGCGCGGACAGCCUACGUGCAGCGAGGCUGCCGCUCGCGCUCGUCGACCACAUCGUUGCGGUGCAGAGGGCCUCGGCGACUGGCCUCGGUGCGGGGAGCGCGGCUGGAGCCGGAUCCGCUUGGGUCUGGGACGAGGCUUCGGACGCGGAGCGGCAUCGGAGAGUUGUGCGGGAUGAGCUUCAACAAUGGUUUGGGUCGGGUUUGGUCGAAGGAAUGUGUUGAGGGCCAGGUGCAUAGUACAACUAUUUGACUUUGCGCAUCCUGCGGCACCUGCUCAAUACUACCGCGCUGCACAUGCAGCAGCGGACGACAUGACGGCAACACGCCUUCGCGCGUGUCUCCCCCCGUUCGCGGCGGACACUCUGUGGAGGGGCCCUCAGGCGCUCAGGGAGCGCUUGGCGGAGCGCAUUACCCCGGGCUUGCCCCUGCCGGCCUCGGUUGCGCGGUGGCUGUUCCAGCAGAAUGCGGAGCUGCGGGGGCCGUUGGUAUCAACGGACGACUCGGAGGCUGCGUCUGCCGACGCGCUUGCAGCGCACGUGCGGCAUGUGAUGGUGGACUUCAAGCCCCUUGUCGGGUCGGAGAUGUACACGGGGCACACGACCCGUGCAGUGCUGGAGGAUACGCUGCGGCUCGUCAUGAGGUAUCUGCCUGGGCCGCCCAUCCUCAUGGACCGGAACAGGGUUGACACAAGCGGAGCGACGACCGGGAGCCUGCGGCCCGACUUCCUGGCCUGGGUCAACGGCGUUCUGCUGCUAAAAGGAGAGGAAAAGGCGGCGGCGUCCGAGCUGCAGCACGCUGUCCAAGAGCUCACAACCAAGGUUUCGGAUGCAUGGGCAGCGGGCCUACUGCCGCACACGCCGCUGCCCAGCAUGCUGGCCUACGCCGCGGCAGGCGCCGUGCUCCAGUUUUUCUGCAUCGAGCAUGUCGGGUCUGGUGGGGUGCAGGCGACGCCAAUCAGCGGCAUAAUGGACCUCGCCACGGCGCCGGCCCGGCUGCAGGCGUUGACUGCCUCGUUCAACAUCUGGCGGCUGCUGGCCGGGUACGCGUCGCAGGGGCCGACCGCUCCCAUCGCCAUGGGGCAAGUCGUGUCUUCGCCGGACGGCCUGCGCACCUACUGCCUGCUGCCGGGCUUCUUCCGCAAGUCCAUUCGGCAGUUCUCGCUGCACGCGCGCUACACAAGCUUUAAGCUGUUGCAAGAGCUCUAUGGCAAGAUGUCGGAGCAGAAGCACAGGCUGAGCAUCAUCCAGGCGUGCGACGUGAACGGGGUUGCCGGCCCGCGGCUGCAGCAGCAUGACGACACCUACGUCGUUCACCUGGCCCCGGUGGGUCAGCCCUGCAUGGGCCCGCCAGCCACGGAGUCCGACCUCGCGUGCGCCGUGCUGGGCGUGCUGCGCGGCCUGGCGGCGCUGCACAGCGAAGGCUAUGUGCACCGCGAUGUGCGCUGGCCCAACGUCAUUUUCCUGCCCGCUGAGAGGCGCUGGCUCCUGAUUGACCUGGAGCACGCAGGCCAGGAGGGGUGUGACUGCAGCAAGGAGCCGUUUCCCCUGCCGUUCUGGAGUGAGCGCACGCUGGACGAUGGCAAGUACACGGCGCAGUCGGACAUGCGGAUGGUGGCGGAGCAGCUGAUGAGCCACUUGUCGUUUCCGCUGGAGGACUCGGGCCAGGAGCUGCGGCAGCGGCUGCUGGGCAAGAGGUUUUCAGCUGCGCAGGCAUUGAGGCACCGCUGGCUGGCCCGCGCCAGCGGCCGCUAGCGUCCCCGGUGGCGGCCGGGCAGGCGUCGCGUGAGGGCACAAGCCGGGCUUGCAUGGCGCGGGAUGGGCCGGUGGGUGCCAGGUGAUUGUUGACCUGAAUGCGACAAACUCCGUGUAAGGCAAGGAUGUGCUGAGGUGGCUGCCUUCUCAGCUGAAUUUCUCACGCGUGAAUGACGACAAGUAUUUAUAGGGAUGGGGCCGGUGUAUGGGAUAACGCAACCGGCACGGCGGAGAAAGGUCAAGGAAGAAAUGAAGUGCGGCGCGGAUGGCUUCUGGGCGCGGCUGCAGUUGGGCGUAAGGGUGGGCGUCAAUGGGACCGGACCUCGUGAGGCCACACACGCACUAGAAUGGGAGGGAGGAUGCAUGAGUAAGUAGGGGUACCACAAGCUUGAGGUGAGAUCGAUGUCUGAGUUUGAGGUAGGAUGUGGCGUUCGCGGUGGCGCCCCCCCCCCCGGAGUUUCGAACUCGACAGCAGGGCGUCUGUUCUUCAAUGCGCUGCCUGCCGUUGUAACGCUGACUUGAC